GCUACAGGAAGUUCAUUACAAUCCCGCGCGAAUACAUCUAGGAAGCAACACAACGGCGCGUCAUUUGAGACCGCAGAAACUACGUCCAGCAGGCGUUUUCAAACUUACUCAAACAAGCAACUUUCAUUAUGGAUGUUACUGGACUGGAGGAUUUGAUCGAACACAUUAAUGCUAAAAUAUCUGCCGUCAAGACGAUCUUCCAGUUGAAGAGCCUAACCAGUGAUAAGGAGAAAAGGCAAGUUUUGAAGAAACUAAAUCAGGACAUUCUUGUCAUUAACGAAUUUUUAAACAAACUUGAAGCCCAAAUAUUUCAUCAAGUAGAGACAUUAAGAUCACUAAAGGAUUUAGAGGAGAUGUAUGGAGAAGACAUGAAAGAAUUAAUUUAUUUAAGUGAACAUAUUCCUGCUCACAUGCCUAAGAAGUGUCCCCCUCAAAGCAUGGAAGUAAUUGUCCAAGCCGAACCCAGAGAAACAAAGCCUGAGAAAAAAAUAUCUAAACCAUGGAACAGUAUUAAAGAGAUGGAGUUUAUUACCAUGGCUGAAUUUGAAGACAUCCCAGGGUACAUGAAGGGCCGCUUGACUUAUCCCCAGGUUAAUUCUGUAAUCCAAGAUUUCAACAAAGCAGUGGUGGGAAAAUAUAAGAUAAUGCAGCUGCCAGUCAAGUCACUUAACAAUGCAUCACGUAAACUUCUUCAGCGUUUCAAAGACGAGGAGUUAAAGACAACUAAAGGCUUGUAUUUUAUAGUUGAUGCUGAUAUUAAAGAAUUUACACAAAUGAAAGUAGACAAGAAAUUCCAUGGGAUGCUGAACAUAUUACGACACUGCAGGAGAAUGCGGGAGGUUAGAGAUGGGGGGCUUGUUCGAUACAUUGUACUGUAAAACUCUGGAAUUCAGUCAAUGUAAUGUAUGUCUUCUACAAGCACUACCUAAAUUGCCCCUAACCCCAGUGUCUCAUUUCAUUUUCUUAUAAUUUACAAAUAUACUUUGAAUUUUAUUAGCAGUAAAUCUAAGGUUAUUUCUUCUAAAGGUUUUAUGAAGCAGUAAAUCAGAGUAAACUGCAUGUAGUAGCAAUAAAAUUUCAUUUACUGUUUUGAGUUCUUCUAGUCAGUUAAAGUUACUUAUUAUCCUAAAUGUUAAAGAUUUACAAAUGUAUUAUGUUUACUGCUCCAAAAUUGCAAUGUAAUACUUAUUAUCAUUCUGUGAACACUAAUGAU